AUGACCACGCACGACUCGUACUUGUUGCAUGCAACGCCGGCCUCUUCAACGUCCGCCCCAGGGAUAUCGCCGCCUCGCACGCCGUAUGUGCCCGUGUUGGAUCCCACGUUCCCCCGCGCAACCUAUGGGCAUCUUGACUCGUACGCGGACCCCGAUGUGAACCCCAGCGCACGAAUCCUGUGGGCAGCUCGCGACGCCUCCAGGGUGUGGCCGCGUGUCGCAUCCGGCAAUACAUGGGCCACGCUCGACGAGACGACGGUGCUGCUCACAGUGUUUGACAAGGCGCACGCAUUGAACCAGGCGCAGUGGAGCCUCCGUCCGAGACGAUCACCACAUGAAUGGCGCGUCGAGACAAACGGGUACAUCGAUUUGGCCCUGGUGUACGCGCGGCGUGCCCUGCAUGCCGCAGAUGCGCUCGAUCGCUCUCCCACACGCGCUCGCGCUCGGCGGUUUUGCCGCGAUGCGCUAGACGCCUGCGCAGAGCUUCUCGUCGACGGUCGCCCGCUUCAACCUGACCUGCUCCGCGAAUACAUAGCUGACCACAACUUUAAGCCCUCCAUAGACGACCGCAUAGGGGUUCUUCUCGGGGAGUACGACCCGCUGAUACGACACGCAGCCGUGCUGGCGCGACCACCGGUGUCAUCGGCCGCGCCCUUCACGCACGACCCCGUGCGUGGCGAGUACGUGCUGGAUGAGGUGCCCGAGCUUGGGUCCGACGACUCGGACACUAGCGCUGAACGGGUCGCGGUCCCUCAAAUGGGAGACAUGCGGGACGACAACGUGGACAUUGUCUCUGAGGGCAGACCAAGCAUUGACGCUGACCGCCACCCACCGGUCACUCGCAAAACAUAA